AUGCCAUCAUUUGCAGAUAGCUUCUGGACUGAUGAUCUCUUCACAGGUGUGAACACUCUCUUUCGUAAGCUCUAUGAGGGUUGUGAGCAGAAUGUCCUCUUCAUUCAGUUAUUUGCAUCUCGAAUGCAAUAUGAGGUCAGUUACGGGCGUCAGCUAUGUAAAAUUAGACAAAACAUCGAUGGAUAUGAUGAGAAGGCCCCUGAGCUUUCUAUAAACUGUGCUCUGGGUGGAAUGGUCCGUACUAUGGAGAGAGAGGGCAGUGAACAUCUGAGCAUCGCCGCGGACAUCGAGGUCACGGUUCUGAAGCCUUUCAGUAAAUGGUGUGAAGAACAUAAACAGAGAAUUGAGUAUUCUGAAAAGACGUUAAAAACUAAUAUAACAAACUAUCAAAAAUCCAAGAAGUUCGUGGAAAAGUUCGAGCGAAGCUAUUUUAAUAAAUGCAGGAACCUAGAAGAUUUUAAAAGGACCAACUUUAACGAAGAAGAGUUGAAAAUGGCUCUCGAAGCUAUGAAAUUGCAGAAAGUGUACGAAGCCACAAUCGAAAAGGAGCAAGAGUUCAAAAAAUUUGGAUCUCUUGGUGGCAUUGAUUUCGAUUACAGAACGAUAAGGGAAAUAAUUCGCCAACUUCUAACUAAACUUGAAAAAAGUGAUUACAAAGUACCAUUAAUCAACUACAAAAUAUUCAAUACUAAUAAUGGAAGUGAAAUAGUCAAGUUUCUGAUGGAAAAUUUGUCUCUGAAAGACGUCGAUCAGGCCGAAGCUUUUGGCCAAGAUUUGCUUGAUUUCGGAUUUUUAAAAUACUGCAACGGAGUAGGAACGACUUUCGUGAAUUCCAAAAAGUUUCAGUACAGCUGGAAAUCAUACGCCUAUAAAUUUGCACGCAUUCCGGAACCUAAUGCAGGUGAAGUACAUGAUGGUGAUAAGGACGCGACGGUUACGGGCCUCGCUGAUUACUUUCAGGACCUAACAUCCCGGAUCUCUCAACCCUCACAAGCAGUGUACUCCAAUACCGAAAAUGCGCCAAAAUUGUCAGAGGUGGAGCGCACCUUCUCCAAACUCACUAACGAAGUUGAGGUGGCAGAUCAAAAAUACAGGAAAGAAUGUUUAAAAAUGGAUUCACUUCGUUGUUCGAUUGAAGAAUUAAUGGUUGAUCAUUUUGUGUUUAUGGAAAAGUGUGAAUCUGACAGACUUCAGGCCUUAAAAAAAGUUGUCAUGGAUUUUUGCUUAAUUAUGAGCAAUGAAAUCUCCUUAUUGAAGGACUCCCUACAAGGCUUUUCCGAAAGCGAGGCUCAGAUGGGACCACAUGAGGAUCUGCUGAAAAUGGUUGAAAAUUCUCGGACUGGCUUCUUUCAACCUGUCGUCACACCCUAUAACAAUUAUUAUAAUCCAGGUGGAUAUCAAAACUUUGGGAUAGAUUUAGAAACGCGUUGUAGAUUAGACAAAAAGGCUGUUCCACUAAUUAUGUCAACGAUUCUAUCGUACAUGGAUCAAAUUUAUCCAGAAAUGCCAAAUGAUGUAGCCAGAACAACGGCUUGGACGGUGCCUGUAAAACUUCACUCUACUCAUCAGUUAAGAAAGUUGCUCAAUGCCAAACCUUUCGAAAACGAAAUAGAAGUGAUGGAAAUAUUGAAAGAAUCAAAUGCAGAGCCUAGUACUAUUGCGAGUGUUUUGAAAAUAUACUUAUUAGAGUUACCUGCCCCCCUCAUAUCGAAUGAGAUUUACGAUGUUUUGAAAGCAUUAUACGCGCAAUACCCGCCCUCGCCUGCGAAAACAGAAGAGCAAGAGCAGAUUGAUGUCCAAAGAGUAAACGGUAUAGCUAAUACAUUACAGACGCUUUCCAAAUGUCAAAUAGCGACUUUGGAUGCAAUUUCAACACAUUUUUCAAGAUUGAUAAAGAUUUUGAGAAUGAGCUCUUCUGAUUCCGGGCCUGCCCUCGCAGAGGAAUUCGUUCAAUCAAUUUCUCAGGAAUUUGCAAAUUGUAUAGUCCAGGUGAAAUUGCCAGACGGGAAUGAAAUUGGGUAUAAAAUCUUCAGCGACUUAUUGGAGUUUAAGAAGCCACUCUUUCGAGAUAUAAGACGUCAAAAUUCAAAAUCGAAGCAAUAA